GUGGCUGCAACAGCAGGAAGCACUGAGCUCUAUCAUCAGACAGUGGAAACACAACAACAACAUGCAGGGCUGAAGCUGUUCGUUCACUGAAGGACAACUGUACUGACCAAUAGUUGUUGUUUUUACAGAUGAGAAGGAGAGAGAAGAAACUUACUCUCUGAGACCUGAAAGGAAAGGAGAAGAGGAUAUAGUAAAAGAGAGAUACUUUACUGCUUUCUCUGAGACCUGAGGAGAAGAGAGGAGAGGAUAUAGUAAAAGAGAGAUACUUUACUCCUUUCUCUGAGACCUGAGGAUAGGAGAAGAGAAAGAGGAGGUGAGGAUACAGUAAAAGAGAGUUACUUUACUCCUCUCUCUGAGCCCUGAGGAGAAGAGAGGAGAGGAGAAAAGAAGAGACUGUAUUUUUCUGUUAUGAUUUUAGUCUCUGAUGGAGGAUGUUCUUCAGUGAUGCAGAUGUAACAGCCUGUGAGGCAGAACAUGCAGUUCUACUACGUGUACGUGGGUGACCAUACCUGGGCGACCAUGUUGGGCCAGAGUGUCCGUCUGCAGCCAGUACCCAUCCAGAGCCUGUCUGAGCUGGAGAGAGCCCGGCUACAGGAUGUGGCCUGCUACCAUCUGGAGAAGAGGGACCUGGACUUCAACAUCAGCAUCCCCAGAGAAAUCCGCAAGAGGAGGAAAUCCCUCAGACGGAGGUUUGACUCCUCCAAAGAGAAGAAAGAGAAAGAACGAGAGACAGCCGCCAAGGCGUUUGGUAUAACCCUCUCCCAGGCGAUAGCCAACGACCGGGCGUACAAGCAGCGCCAGGAUGCUCUGAAGGAGAGCAGAAGAGACUGUCUGGAUCUGGAGGCCAGCGUCCUAAUGUUCCGGGCUGAAAAACGCCAGCUUAGCGACGGGAACAAACCCCUCUGCAGCACGGCUUCAUCACCCUUCAGUGGAUCAACAGCUUCAUCUUCAUCAUCCUCGUCAGUACUGGAGCUGCACAGCAAGCCACUCUCCCCCAGGUUCCUGGAUAACACGGCUAGAGUGCAGAGACGGGGUGGCCUAUCAGUGGACUGCAUCUCAGAUCUUGUAGAGAGCCAGUCCCGCCUGUUGGAGGCGCUGCAGCUGUCCCACCCUGCAGAGCUGGAGCUGAAGAAGACUGCAGCCGGAGCAGGGGGGCGGACCCAGACCAAGCUCAGCCUCAACCCCAUCUAUAAACAGGUCCCCCGCGUGGUGGAACGUUGCUGCUGUCACAUUGAGAGACAUGGGCUACAAACUGUGGGGAUCUUUCGAGUUGGCAGCUCCAUAAAGAGAGUUCGGCAGCUGCGUGAGGACUUUGACAUGGGGGCAGAUGUGUGUCUGGAAGAGGAGAACAGUGUCCAUGACGUAGCAGCUCUGCUGAAGGAGUUCCUCAGAGACAUGCCUGACCCUCUACUGCCUAGAGAGCUCUACUCUGCUUUCCUCCACGCCAACAUUCUGCAAGGGACAGACCAGUUCCUGUACCUCCAGCUGCUCCUCUACCUGUUACCGGCCUGUAAUUGUGAUACCCUGCUCCGCCUCCUCACCCUGUUACACACCGUACAGAGCCACGCACAGGACACCACAGGACCACAGGACACCACAGGACCACAGGACACCACAGGACCACAGGACACCACAGGACCACAGGACACCACAGGACCACAGGACACCACAGGACCACAGGACCAGGUGUUCCUAGGCAACAAGAUGACAGCAACUAACCUGGCGGUGAUCUUUGGUCCCAACCUGUUGCAGGGGGAGAGGGCCGGAGGGGACAGGGAGAUGAGUCCUCACGCCAUGGGCAUCGAGGACAGCACCGCCAUCAUCAACGUCACCCUGCAACUUAUACAGAACUAUAAGCGACUAUUCAUGGUGUCAGCAGAGCUCCAACAGGAAGUGCUGAUGAGUCUCAUUCAGACAGAUCCUGACAUCAUCGACUAUCUUCUCCGCAGGAAACUCAGUCACCUGGCGGUGGGGACAGUAGAUUCUACGGGGGAUCGACGGGACACGGGGGUGCCUCUGACCCCUCUGGAGCCCCCCUCUCCCCUCUUCAACCCUGACGGGCCCGGGGACGGCAGCCUGACCAGUGAGGUGUUCUUUAACCUGGAGGCGCUACGACACCACAACAACAAGACACGCUCCAACGUGAUCCUGUCCAAGUCCAUCGGCCAGAUGAGACAGUUCCACUCCAACCACAACCUCCUGAGUCUGGCCCAGUCCUCUAGCAGCUCCAGAGUCCACCCAGAGGACAGCUACCAGGCCCAGGAACAGAGGGCUCCGCUGGGGGAAGAUCUGAGCUUCACCCUGGGGGCUGCCUCAUGCUCCAGCCUGGGAGGAGAGGGGGAUAACAGUGUCUGGGUGAGGCAGACACCCCAGGAAGAGAGGGAGAAACCACCUCCUAGUAAUUCCAGUUAUUUCUGGGACUUCUUCACAGGGAAGAGCUCGGGGUCUGAGACCAUGGUAUGAUAGGACAGGACACUGGGGGUGCGGUGGAGGGGGGAGUGCAUUCCUGAGGCGGAUUGGGACUAGAAAUCGUUGGAGCAGCCCACCGGGCUUUUGUCGGUUCUGCCUUAGGGCUAGCCAGUUUCUAGGCUGAUGGAAGGUGGUUGGACCAUGGACUCUAUGGCGGCGUCCGGUGGUAGCCUGUCACCUGACCAUGAGAGAUAGGGUAUAUACACGUGUCAGACAAGCACAACCCAAACAUACUAAACACACUGUUUUAUACUAACACUGCUUGGGACUAACAUUACCAAGGAAUUUUAUAUUUUUUUUUACUAUGGUUCCUAUAUAUCCUUUGGACUCCGUGUGAUGCGGCUGAAGACUAUGUUAUGGUAUACUAUCCCUUAUCACAGUACAGCGUUUUACUAAGCUCAUGAAUUAAGUUUGAAACAUUGGUUACAAUGAUGUUGGGGGGGGGGGGUCUGUAAGAUGUACCGAAAAGUGUAUAUAACUUCUUUGCUUCAGCUUCUGAUGCAUAAAACAAGAAAACGGGGCCUCUUCUUUCUAUUCCACAAGAGGGCAACCUUUACCACACCUCGUAUAAACACCAUCUGGCUGGCUGCUGUGGACUGGAACUAUUACCACUCUUCACAGGACUAUUUUAAUGAACUACCAGGGACAAUAUGGCAGUAGAUAUGUUCUAGAACUAAAGAUGUUAGUUAAAUAAAGGUUAAAUAAACAAUUAAAUAAAAAAAUACCUACCUAAA